UGGUUUUUGUUAACAAAAUCAUUGAUUUUACUAUGCAUGCGGCAUCAAGAAUAUUAAGUCGAGUAAUGGGGCAAACCCUCUCUGAACCGGUGACAGAGAAACAGUCAUCAACAUGUCAGGAUUCACGAUACCUGGUGGGAUCAUCUUGUAUGCAGGGCUGGCGUGUUUCCAUGGACGACUCGCACACACAGAUACUAUCUUUACCUGAUGAUCCUGGCACAGCUUUCUUUGCUGUUUACGAUGGCCAUGGUGGUGCAAAUAUAGCAGAAUAUGCUGGGAAACAUCUUCACAAAUUCAUAACAGCCAGGCCAGAGUAUCACCUUGGCAAUGUUGAAGAGGCCUUGAAACAGGGCUUCCUAGACUUGGAUCAAGCUAUGUUAGAAGAGGACAUGCAAGAGAAGGUCGCGGGCAGUACAGCUGUGGUGGUGCUUAUAAAGGAAAACACGCUCUAUUGCUCCAACGUUGGCGACUCGCGCGCUAUAGCAAGCGUCAGGGGCGCAGUGGAAGUGCUAUCCUACGACCACAAGCCCAAUAACGAAGAAGAACUGCGUAGGAUCACUGCGGGCGGCGGAUGGGUUCAGCUUAACAGGGUAAACGGAAACUUGGCUCUAUCGCGAGCUUUGGGUGAUUAUAUCUUCAAGCGAAACUAUCGACUGUCGCCGAGGGACCAAAUUGUUACGGCGUACCCGGACGUUCAAGUACGACAGCUGAAUGACGACUGGGAGUUUAUAGUUAUCGCCUGCGAUGGCAUAUGGGAAGUGUUGUCGAAUGAGGAGGUACUAUCAUUCUGUCGGGUCCGUCUGCUGAGCGGUUGGGAGCCGGCAGCUGUUUGUGAGGCCUUGAUGCAACUGUGCCUGGCUCCCAAUUGCGCCACUGGAGGCCUUGGUUGCGACAACAUGACCGUCCUGCUUAUAUGCCUAUCUCCUUUCCCGAGGGUUGAUAUGAUGUCGCCCUUCAAAUGUCUUGGUAUGUCACACACCAACAAAUACUGGACUAUGCCGAAUCGACGAUUCUCAUAAAAAAUCACCUCUCGUUUUAAAAUAAAUACUUACUUAGAUGAAUACGUAAUCCAUUUUGUUAAUCUGUAAAUUCCUUAUAGAAAUAUAAUUAAAAACUUUAUUUUAGACAAUGGUCUGCCAUCAUUUAGCAGGCUGCGUUAAACGUUUUUUUACACCUUUCAUUGCAUUUCUUUUGUUUUUUUUUAA